AUGGCGCUUGCUUCCUACGUCAAAGGGCAAGCAAUAAAUACACCAAUUCUUUUGUCCAUGACUCAAGGUGUCUUCCCCAACGGACAGGAGAUAGCAGUUAAAAGGUUGUCAGUUACCUCCUGGCAGGGUGCAGUAGAAUUCAGGAAUGAAGCUGGCCUUGUGGCCAAGCUUCAGCACAGAAAUUUAGUAAGACUUUUGGGAUUUUGCUUGGAGGGACAGGAGAAGAUCCUUAUCUAUGAAUACAUAAACCCUGCAAAGCGCACAGAUUUUGGAGAUUGUGAGUGGCAAGAAGAAACUGAUUUAUAUCAAUCGGAACAAGCUGAUGACCUCCCUAAUCUGGCUUGGAAGAAUUGGACAGAGCAAACACCUAUGGAGUUUCUAGAUCCAACACUGAGAGGUUCUUAUUCAAGAAAUGAAGUAAAGAGAUGCAUCCAUAUCGGCUUAUUAUGUGUUCAGGAAAAUCCAUCUGACAGACCAUCAAUGGCCACCAUUGCACAUAUGCUGAACAGUUAUUCAGUUACCACCAGUAAAAUUCCAUGGUCUGUGAAUGAAGUAUCUAUUACGGAAUUAUACCCCCGCUAA